AUGUCCCAAGACAAGAGGAAGGGCCAUUUGAAGAUGCUCACUGCCAGAAAAGAACAAAUAAGACAAAAUCUCAAGGUUACACCAGCCACUACAACUGUCCUAGACAACAACAAUCCUAUUGAGAUGCUGGACACUAAUAUAUUUUACACAUGUGAGAAUGAAGCUACGUUUUCCGAAGACAUUGACACCUUUGAAGAGGAUCAGGAGAGUGUGUGUGAAGUGAGCAAGAAGAGGAAAGAUGUUGCUAAACUCUCGUCUGGAUUACUAAUGAAAAGACGACGGAUGUUACCAGCAAAAAUGUAUGGAAAUUCUUCAUUAUUUGAUGCUGCUACUAGUGAUGUGGUCCAGCAAGUAACAUCUGAUGUGGUCCAGCAAGUAACUUCUGAUGUGGUCCAGCAAGUAACAUCUGAUGUGGUCCAGCAAGUAACAUCUGAUGUGGUCCAGCAAGUAACAUCUGAUGUGGUCCAGCAAGUAACAUCUGAUGUGGUCCAGCAAGUAACAUCUGAUGUGGUCCAGCAAGUAACAUCUGAUGUGGUCCAGCAAGGAACAUCUGAUGUGGUCCAGCAAGUAACUUCUGAUGUGGUCCAGCAAGUAACAUCUGAUGUGGUCCAGCAAGUAACAUCUGAUGUGGUCCAGCAAGUAACAUCUGAUGUCCAGCAAGUAACAUCUGAUGUGGUCCAGCAAGUAACAUCUGAUGUGGUCCAGCAAGUAACUUCUGAUGUGGUCCAGCAAGUAACAUCUGAUGUGGUCCAGCAAGUAACUUCUGAUGUGGUCCAGCAAGUAACUUCUGAUGUGGUCCAGCAAGUAACUUCUGAUGUGGUCCAGCAAGUAACAUCUGAUGUGGUCCAGCAAAUAACAUCUGAUGUGGUCCAGCAAGUAACAUCUGAUGUGGUCCAGCAAGUAACUUCUGAUGUGGUCCAGCAAGUAACUUCUGAUGUGGUCCAGCAAGUAACAUCUAACGUGGUCCAGCAAGUAACAUCUAACGUGGUCCAGCAAGUAACUUCUGAUGUGGUCCAGCAAGGAACUACUGAUGUGGUCCAGCAAAUAACAUCUGAUGUGGUCCAGCAAGGAACAUCUGAUGUGGUCCAGCAAGGAACAUCUGAUGUGGUCCAGCAAGGAACAUCUGAUGUGGUCCAGCAAGGAACUUCUGAUGUGGUCCAGCAAGGAACAUCUGAUGUGGUCCAGCAAGGAACAUCUGAUGUGGUCCAGCAAGGAACAUCUGAUGUGGUCCAGCAAGGAACUUCUGAUGUGGUCCAGCAAGGAACAUCUGAUGUGGUCCAGCAAGGAACAUCAGAUGUGGUCCAGCAAGGAACAUCUGAUAUGCAAGGAACAUCUGAUGUGGUCCAGCAAGUAACAUCUGAUGUGGUCCAGCAAGUAACAUCUGAUGUGGUCCAGCAAGUAACAUCUAACGUGGUCCAGCAAGUAACAUCUGACGUGGUCCAGCUAGUAACAGCAGACGUGGUCCAGCAAGUAACAGCAAACAUGGUCCAGCAAGUAACAGCUGAUGUGGUCCAGCAAGUAACAGCUGAUGUGGUCCAGCAAGUAACAUCUGACAUGGUCCAGCAAGUAACAUCUGACGUGAUCCAGCAAAUAACAUCUGACGUGGUCCAGCAAGUAACAUCUGACGUGGUCCAGCAAGUAACAUCUGACGUGGUCCAGCAAGUAACAUCUGACGUGGUCCAGCAAGUAACAUCUGACGUAAUCCAGCAAGUAACAUCUGACGUAAUCCAGCAAGUAGCACCUGACGUAAUCCAGCAAGUAACAUCUGACGUAAUCCAGCAAGUAACAUCUGACGUAAUCCAGCAAGUAACAUCUGACGUGGUUCAGCAAGUAACAUCUGACGUGGUUCAGCAAGUAACAUCUGACGUGGUCCAGCAAGUAACAUCUGACGUAAUCCAGCAAGUAACAUCUGACGUGGUCCAGCAAGUAACAUCUGACGUAAUCCAGCAAGUAACAUCUGAUGUGACCAAUCAAGCAACAUCACUAGAAAUUAUGAACAAGUCUGCAGAAAACGAUUCAUUAAUCAUGACGAUGUACUCUAACUUGUUGCAAAUAGCUAAAGAUAAUUGUUAUAACUGUGGUUCAGAAGAGAUGAUUCCAGAUUUUGUAACUCGUGGUCAAGAACUAUUUGUAACUGUGUCUUGCAAUAAAUGCAACAUUGUGACUAAUGCUGCAACUCAUAAACUCGGUGAAAUAAAUAGACAAACAUGUUUAAAUAUUUACGCUGAACUUUUAAAUGGUGGCGGCUACCAAAGUUUUGUGAAAUAUAAUGAUUUAAGGGAGAACCUUCAUCUAAAAACCUUCAGAAAGUUUACACGAUUCAUUACUGAGAGAGCUGUUGCAGAGUGUAGGAAAAUGUUGCAAGAAAGUCGUGACAGUGUGUUUGCCGAAUAUGAAAAAAAUGGAAUACGACCAGCCGAUAAUGGAGUACUAGAUGUUAAUGUGUCGUUUAAUGUUACCUGGCAGAGUCGUGACUUUUACACAAAGAUGGGAUUAUGUGUAGUAACUGAAGCAGAUACUGGCCUCGUUCUUGACUAUCAAACAUUGACAAAGUAUUGCAACCGUUGUUCAAACCUACAUACCUUGUACAACGAUAAGAAAAUAACCACAGAGCAUUUUUUGUUACAACGUGCAAAGCAUGAACCAGUUUGUAAGAUUUUUGAUGCUAGUAGUUCAAGUGAUAUGGAAGCUAGAGCAGCUGAGGCGAUAUGGGGACGAUCAUUAACUUAUAACAUGCGAUACUUGAAUCUCAUUAGUGAAGGUGAUGUUACUCCAUAUACAGUACUUAACAAUAUGAACAAUGGUCUAGGUCCUUAUUUUGGUCCUAAAGUGAAUGAAGUGGAGUGGGUGGACCACUAUGCGAAAAGACUGAAAAGCCGUCUAAUAAAAUUGAUUGAAGAAAAUCAUGUUGUCAGGGAUAUAAAUGGGAAAAAAGCUAAGCUGUUUCCAAUGAAGGGAAAAGGGAAACUUUCUGAUGAUAAUGUUGACAAGUUAGUUAGUUAUUUUAGUCGAGCAAUAAAGGAGUCCAUUGGAACGAACAUAGAAACGAUGAGAAAUGCCAUCUUAGCAAGCUAUUUUCACUGCACAUCAUCAAACACAGAGCCAAAUCAUAAUUUAUGUCCUACUUCAAAAUCAUCUUGGUGUUUCUACAAUAAAGCCAUUGCCAACUAUGUAGAAGUACCCUCUCACAGCACUAUGAAAGUUGUAGUACAUUUAAAGCCAGCCCACCAUGAACAAGUGUUAAGAGUUUACAAAGACUUGACCGAGGAUGAUAUGAUGCAACGUUGCUUAGGAGAAAAUUUGGUUCUUCACAAUGAAAAUUUCCAAGGGAGAGUAUGGACUUGCAGCCCCAACGGAGAAAACAGAAAUGAACUAGAUUUAGAAGCUGCACAAGUAACAGCACUACCAAAUGAAGCUGUUGCUGACAAUGAAGGAACAUCCUCUAGCAGCACAAAGUUUUCUGUUCAGUCGAGGACUGUGCACCAAAACCAAGUACAAAGAGCUUACGAGAAUUUGAGUGAAGAAGAUACAAUGCAUCAUCACCUAGACGGAAGAACCAAAAAUCCCAGCGAGAAUUUCCACCAGAGAGUAUGGACUUACUGCCCAGAGGGACAAUACAGAAACAAGAGGAGUCUAGAUUUAGCAGUUGCACAAGUAACAGCAGAAUAUACAUGUGGAUAUCAUGGAGGCAACCUUGACACUUCACCUGGGUUUCAACGCAACGCUCAUACACACCUGUUCCUAAGUACUCAGAACAGUAAUAUAAAAGACUGGCAAAGAAUAAUGCUGGUCUGCGACCGCUGUGAAAUGAGGUACGUUGAUGAGACAAGGUGUGCUGUCAUGUGUUCAUCGUGUGUUAAAGAAGAAGGAAUCAGAUUUUCUCAUCUAGAUAAUAAAUGUCGAUCAUGUGGGCUAAUCUAUUGUCUAGAUGGAGAAUGUGCGUGUCCAGGAUGCUCUUUCAUUCCUUAUGGGGAGUUUGUGUGUUACAAAUGUGAACUGGUGAUGGACAAUCUCUUGUUACAUGAGUGUAACCUUGGUAAGAUAUUUGUAGUCUGUGCAGUAUUUUGAAUGUUUUUAUGUGAU